UUUUUCCUGUAACUCAUCAAGAUAACACUUCCGUUACUGUGAAGAAAGUCAACUCAUCUCAUCUGAAAUAUUGUGGUUUUCAAGUCAGUAGCUCUUCACCUCCAGCUUAGGCUUGGCAUCUCUUCUUAAGAGGCAGGAGUUUAAUCGAACUUCAGGACGAUGAUACGGCGAAAAGCUUCCAAUGCUUCGGAUAAAGAGAAAUGCUUAAAGCCCAAGCGUGCCAGCAGCUUCGGCAGUUUUGACCGAUUCAGACACCAUGGAAGCUCGGCCAAACCGGAGGACAAAGCCGAGAGCAGUGCGCUCGAUUCGGAAGCUGCUGGGGAGAAUCCCUCCAAGCCCGGGCAGAACGGCAGUGGCCUUGGGAAAACCAUGAGGGCCAUCUCCAAAACCAUGAAGAAGAAAAUGGCGCGCAAGUACAUUAAAGCCUUGUCAGAAGAGAUGAGUGAGGACAAUGCAGAUGAUCUCUUAAACCAAGCCAUUGGAGAGCAUGAAACAGAGGGAAGCUGCCUGAGACCCUGUGAAUCUAUGGAGAGCCUUCAGAGUCUGAACAGUGGGCAGAGUUCAUCCAGUGUCAUGGCAAGUGCCUCAGAUGGACCAAGCAACCGGGACAGUUUCAGGCUGGACGACGAGGUGCCCUACACUGGCCCAUUCUGCGGUCGAGCUCAGGUGCACACAGACUUCACACCAAGCCCUUAUGAUACUGACUCCCUGAAGCUCAAGAAAGGAGACAUCAUCAAAAUAAUCAACAAGUCGACCAUGGGCACCUGGACAGGAAUGCUCAACGGCAGAGUGGGGAACUUCAAGUUCAUUUAUGUGGAUGUCUUGCCCAACGAAGACAACACACCCAAAAAACUCCGGCCACACAGAAGGAGCACACAGCCAGUCCCGGAUUCCCUUCAGGAGUUGUUGGAAAGGAUCCAAUUGCAGGAUCUUUAUUCCACCUUCCUUCUGAAUGGGUACCAGAGUCUGGAUGAUCUCAAGGAUCUCAAGGAGAGUCACCUUAUUGAACUUAACGUCACAGACGCAGAGCUUAGAGCAAAGAUCUUGACUGCUGCCCAACAGGAUUAUGACAGUAAAGAUGUUCUAAGUGAAGAGGAAGACAAAAAUGAUCCAACAACUCAGAAUCAACACUCUGAACUCAAGAAUGACCAGUCACAACUGAUGGUUUGCCCCAGAGACUCUGGAUGUUAUGCUACUUCUGAAAUCUCAGACAAUGGGAAAGAAGACUUGGAUAUGGAGAACUUGCCAGAAAUGCUUGAAGGUGUCUCCCUUGCAAACUGAUUGCAAUAGAUAUAAACACGUUGUACAGACCUGUAGCACUUAAUGGGCAGCAGCGGAUGCAGUGGGAAUUUUCAGUCUUGUGCUAUUGCUGUUUACGAGUUUGAUUUAAACCUGGUUCCCUUUAUUUAAUGUAAACAUGUACAUGCGUGGUUUAAGAUUUACCCUGCAAUCUCCGGAAAACACGGAAACUUGUCAAAAAAAUUUGCAAGUUUGCAAAUUAUUCCAAUUCUGUGAGUCUCCUCUGAUAGUUGCACCCUUAUAUUUGAACUGGGUUAAUUUUCUUAAUAUAUCUCAAAAGGAAUUGAAUAAAUAAUUGGGAGAUUCAGCAGGGAGAGAGCAAAGAAUUAGGAUGAGUUGGUUACUUUAUUCGAAGAGUUGUUAUAGGCCUAAAGGGCAAGAUUUUGUCCUUUAACCUGAAUUCUGUGAUUCUCUGGGAGACAGUCAUUGGAUCCUUUGUCUGCGUGGACAAGUGACUUACGCUGUGCUAAGAUUGGUUAAUGCUAAAUUGGGCUAAUUGAAUGGCCAAGUGAGCUAUUUGUUGGGAAAACUGCCCACGAAGAGGAGGAUUGGCCAAAGCUUUAAUGGAUGUACAACUGGAAGAGCUAAGCUCUGUCGGGUGAAAGAAUUCCAUGCUACUUAAGUUGUAGUGAGGAGUAAUUAAUAGCAAGGGGGCCUGUACCACCUGUAUGGCACUUUGACGUAACAAAACGUAGUGACUGUGUUUCCAAAUUGAUCGACAUAUCUUUUUCCUAGUUUGGGUGCAGACCAGAACAGAGCACAUAGGGCAAACAGUACAGUACAGCACAGGAACAGGCUCUUCAGCCCACCAUGUCUGUACUGACCAUGAUGCCAAUCUAACUCAUCCCAUCCGCCAGAAGAGGGAAUUGGCACACAGAUAAGUCUUAGACCGAGGAAGCUGAUAACAUGGGCUUCAAAUCAUAUGGUCAUGUCUUACUAUUUAUUCUUCUUAAUGGGAAAACUAUUUUAAUAUCAAAGUACUUGCUGAGUGGCAUGAUAUGAAAGAUAGGUUGAGUCCAAUGCUAGUGGUGGCACAGGGUUGACAGUACUCCUGGAAGUUUGAUCUCACUGUCCUUGUCCUCUCACUGAUGGCCUGACGUGGCCAUUACGCAGGUACCGCACUUUCACCAGCCAAUUGGAAGGUGAAGAGAUGCUUCAUGGCUUGAUUGACGUUUUUGUUCCCAAAUACGAAACUUUGUCAACAAGCAAACGAGAGUGUUCGGUAAAGUGGUGGAAAUAUAUAAUUUUUUUCAUUUCCUAAUGUCUUUUUAUCCUGGAUCUUGCUUGAACCAGCAUCCCGGAGAUUGCUAUGGAGAUCAAGGACAACCCUCGAUGAGAUGAUGGUGUAGAAGGGGUAAAACGUUCAUGGUCUUUUAAGAGCUCGGGAUUUUCUCCAGGUAUGGAGAUGGAUUUUCCUCCAAAGGUACUGAAUGAAAUUUGGAGAACCAGAGAUAAUUGGAUUGUAUAAGUUGGGAACAACUCCAGAAAAAGAUGUGUAAGAAAUGCAACAUACACAAAGUGCUGGAGGAACUCAGCAGGUCAGGCAGCAUCUAUGGAGGGAAAUAAACAGUCAAUGUUUCGGGUCGAGACCCUUCAUCAGGACUGGAGAGGAAGAGGGCAGAAGCCAAUGUAGGAGGUGGAUGGGUUAGGUCUCAUCAGAGAGAGGGACUUGUUGAUACUCUGUUUUUUUAUAAGUUUUUAAAUGGUGUAUGCAAAGAAAGCUAUUCAUUGCAUGCAUUUUGUUUUGUGUGAGUUGCCUACUCCUCCGUAUAGUUUUGAUAAUGAUGACUCGAGGAGAUAUACCUUAUCCCAAGACUGAACAUUUUAGGUAUAAAUAUUUAUUAGACUUUUCUAUCUUAACCUUGUAGAUUGGAAGUUACUUUGGCGCUUUUGUAUAAUAGAUGUUUCUUAAAUGUUCAAUGUGUAUUGUUAUAUUCCAUAUUUUGGAUCUUCAAUAUGUUGUGAUAUGUACCGUAUUCUUCAAAUAAAGUUCAG